CAAAACGCAACACAGAAGAGCUGAGACGAGGAUCAUGGCAGUGGAGGGGAAGAUGGAAACCAAGCUGAUUGAUGGCAAGGCGAUUGCUGCUUUGGUGCGGGCCGAAGUCAAGGACUUGACAGAAGAGUUGAAGUAAAAGAAGGGUCUCGCGCCGGGACUUGCAAUGCUGCUGGUCGGUGACCGGCAAGAUUCCCAGUCCUACGUAAAAAACAAGAAGAAGGCCGCGAUAGAGGUUGGCUUCCACGUCGUAGAUGUCCACCUUCCUGACACCGUGACGCAGGAGGAACUCCUGGCAGAAGUCAAGAAACUCAAUGAUGAUCCAGAGGUUCAUGGUAUUCUGGUGCAGCUCCCAUUGCCUGAACACAUCAAAGAAGCCACUGUCCUGAAGAGUAUCCGUGUGGACAAGGAUGCCGAUGGCUUUGCUGCUGAAAAUGUUGGCAAUCUUUGUCUCAAAGGAGGUGAUGCACCAUUGGCCGUGCCCUGCACGCCAGCAGGCUGUGUAGAGCUGCUGCAGCGCAGUGGCGUGAAAGUGGCCGGGAAGAGCGCCACGGUGCUGGGGAGGUCAAACUUGAAUGGGAUGCCAAUGGCCCAAAUGCUUCUCUCCAUGGAUGCAACGGUCACUACCUGUCACUCCAAGACAGAGAACAUUGAGCAGUAUCUUCGCAAUGCUGACAUUGUUGUUGCCGCCAUUGGCAAAGCAGAAUUUCUACGGGGCGCAUGGCUGAAGCCCGGCUGCGUGGUCAUUGACGUUGGCAUCAACUCAAUUGAUGACGACACAAAGAAAGCUGGCUAUCGUUUGGUUGGUGAUGUCAAGUUCGACGAAGCCAUGGGAGUGGCUUCUGCAAUCACCCCAGUCCCUGGUGGCGUUGGUCCAAUGACCAUUGCGAUGCUCCUACGAAACACGUUGAGCCUUGCACGGCAGAGUGCUGGCCUCGACCGCUUGCCGCUGCGCAGAGACGUGCCAGUGGCUUGAGCUGUGAGGGUGAAGGACACGUCGAGUGUUCUGAGUUGGUGAUGGCUCAACAAUGGGGUACUGGGAUGUACUGGG